AUGAGUUCCCUGAAGCAGUUUAUUCGCAAUGUGCGUGCAGCUAAGACCAUCGCCGACGAACGAGCUGUGAUCCAAAAGGAGAGCGCCGCCAUCAGGGCUAGCUUCCGCGAAGAGAGCCACGACCACAACGUGAGGCGGAAUAAUGUGGCCAAACUUCUAUACCUGUUUACUCUGGGUGAGAGAACCCAUUUCGGUCAAAUAGAAUGCAUCAAACUGCUCGCAUCCCCGCGGUUUGCCGAUAAACGCCUUGGACAUCUAGCUACGAGUUUGUUACUGGAUGAAAACCAGGAAGUGCUCACAUUAGUUACAAACUCCUUGAAAAAUGAUCUAGGCCACUCCAAUCAAUAUGUCGUGGGCCUUGCCCUCUGCACCCUGGGAAAUAUAGCUUCGAUCGAGAUGUCCCGAGACCUGUUCCCCGAAAUCGAGACCCUAGUUUCGACUGCCAACCCUUAUAUCAGAAGGAAGGCAGCUCUGUGCGCUAUGCGGAUAUGCCGAAAGGUUCCCGACUUACAAGAGCAUUUCGUUGAGAAGGCAGCGCAGCUAUUAUCGGAUAGGAACCAUGGCGUACUACUUUGCGGACUGACGUUAGUUACGAGCAUGUGCGAAGCAGAAGAGGAAGAAGGUGGCGACGAAGGAAUCAUUGAUAAGUUCAAGCAGUUCGUCCCAGUUUUAGUCAGGACCUUGAAGGGCCUUGCUACCUCUGGCUAUGCCCCUGAACAUGAUGUCACUGGUAUUACAGACCCCUUCCUACAAGUCAAGAUUCUCCGAUUACUCCGAGUCCUCGUUCGCGGUGAUGCCGAGGGUACAGAACAGAUCAACGACAUCCUCGCCCAGGUCGCCACAAACACCGACUCGUCUAAGAACGUUGGUAACUCGAUCCUCUACGAAGCUGUCCGAACAAUUCUCGACAUUGAGGCGGACUCGGGCCUCCGGGUUCUUGGUGUGAACAUUCUCGGCAAGUUCCUUUCCAACCGUGACAACAAUAUUAGAUACGUUGCUCUCAACACAUUGAUUAAAGUCGUCGCCAUCGAACCGAACGCUGUUCAACGGCAUCGUAAUACGAUCCUAGAAUGUCUACGGGAUCCCGAUAUUAGCAUUAGGAGACGCGCUCUAGACCUGAGUUUCACUCUGAUCAAUGAGAGCAAUGUACGAGUACUCAUUCGAGAGUUGCUUGCCUUCCUCGAAGUCGCCGACAAUGAGUUCAAGCCUAGCAUGACAAGUCAAAUUGGUAUCGCGGCCGACCGGUACGCUCCUAACAAGCGGUGGCAUGUCGAUACUAUGCUGCGGGUCCUAACUCUCGCGGGGAACUACGUCAAGGAACCCAUUAUGGCCUCGUUUGUUCGACUCGUGGCAACAACCCCAGAACUUCAGACGUAUGCCGUUCAAAAGCUAUACGCAAAUUUAAAGAAAGAUAUCACCCAGGAAAGCUUAACCCAAGCAGGCGCAUGGUGUAUUGGUGAAUAUGGUGAUUCCCUACUCAGGGGUGGACAAUACGAAGAAGAGGAGUUAGUUCAAGAGGUUAAAGAACACGAAAUCAUCGACCUUUUCUCCACUAUCCUUAACAGCAGCUAUGGUACCCAAGUGUCUACCGAAUACAUCGUCACGGCCCUAGUCAAACUGAGUACGCGUUUUUCAGAUCAGAACCAGAUAGAACGCAUUAAACGACUACUAGAAACUCACCAGACAAGCUUGGAUGUCGAGGUACAGCAAAGAACUGUCGAGUAUGGCAACCUAUUUUUGUACGACGACAUACGUCGUGGUGUCUUAGAGAAGAUGCCGCCGCCGCAGAUCAAGGAGGAGUCAAGAGUACUAGGCGAAGCCACCAAGAAACCCAAGAAGGGAGCUAAUCGCAGGUCGAAGCUUAUCGCCAAGCCCACAACGGAUCAGGAUUUGCUCGACCUGAUGGGUGACAGCACCACCACGCCCUUAGCUUCACCUACAAAUGGAGGUCCAAGCAAUACUGAUUUACUUGCCGAUAUUCUUGGCGGCAGUACAACUUCACCCCAGACUACCUCUCCGCCACCUCAGAGUAACACGGCAUCGAUCAUGGAUCUCUUCUCCCAAGGCUCGGCCUCCAGCCCUGUGCCUGCGAGCUCGGGUCUGGGCGAUCUAGCAUCACUCGGUACUCCUCCGCCCCAACAAGCUACAGCAGCUCCACCGCCAGCCGGUAUCCCAUGCUAUAACGCCAACGGUCUUAACAUCACUCUUCAACUACAGCGUAACGCCGAGGGAGCCAUACAAGUCCUAGGCCGUUUCCGGAAUACUUCCGGUGGCCCGCUCUCCAACGUCGGCUUACAGGCUGCAGUACCGAAGUCACAAAAGCUGCAGUUGAUGAGCAUUUCCAACUCCGAUAUUGCGCCCGGUACUGAAGCUACACAAAUGAUGCGGAUCACGGGAAGUAAAGGGCCUCUCCGCUUAAUGUUACGAAUCGGCUACUCCCACCCGUCGGCGGGACAGGUCAUGGAUCAGGUCAAGUGGACGGAACCGUCUUAG